AUGGAAAUCAAAGUUCAUAAACAAUUUUGCCUAAGUUUCAGGGAAGUGCCUACAUCCUUGAAGAUUCUUUGUGAUAAUGUUUCUGGUACUCUUGAGCUUUUUGGGCCUCUCAAAAAACCAAUUAGCCUGGUACGAACUAAAGUGGAUGAAGUCCUCCUCAACACUAUGAUCAGGUUCUAUGAUCCUUUCCUUCAUUGCUUUACUUAUAAAGACUUUAAGCUGGUUCCCACAUUAGAGGAAUUUGAAUCCAUACUAGGAUUACUAGUACUUGAUCAGAUUCCCUACACUGGCGAAAAAGAGAUUCCUAAGUUAGAAGAUGUUGCUGCUGCAUUGCAUUUACCUCUGUCAGAAAUAAAAAAGGUUUGGUUAAGCAAAGGAGAGUAUUCUGGAUUACCUAUUGGCUUCUUGUAUAGUAAAGCUGAAAUUAUGAUUAAGGCUACAAGUAUGGAUGCUCUUGAAAAGGUCCUCGCUCUUCUGAUCUACGGGCAAGUCCUAUUCCCUCGUUAUGACAAAAUCAUUGAUGUGAUUGCUAUUAAGAUCUUCAUCGGUAAUAACCCCGUUCCUACCUUAUUGGGUAACUUAUUGCAUUCCAUCCAUUGUCGAUCAUCUAAAGGAAAAGGUUGUAUUCUUGGAUGCGCACCUCUAUUCCAUAAGUGGUUUAUUUCGCACUUAUCCCGUUCCACAAUAAAGAACGAAGAGGGUUUGACUAGGGUUCAGAGAAUUAUUAAGCUUUCUUACGACGACAUCAGCUGGAAUCAAAAGGAGUUUGAGGGAGUCCAAUUGUUUGAUCGUUGCGGAGAAUUCCCUAAUGUACCUCUUCUUGAUACAGUUGGGAAGAAAAUGCUUUUCAUUAGAGCUUGGUCUAAAAUAAAGAAAGUCGGCAUAAGAGAGUUGGGAAACAAGAAUUACAUCCCUUCAGAUCUCUAUUUCAGAUGGAUUUACGACCGAGUUGUUGAAUUUGGGAUACCAUACCCAUCUAAUACACCUGUGGUCCCAAGGAUUACUCUCCCUGUUGUUCCAAUUGUGUUUGAACCGUAUGUUCCUUCUCCGAAUGAAGACCUUAACGUAACCGUCAACCAAUUGAAGAGAGAAAGGGAUGACUACAAGAGACGCUUGCAAAAGGUUGAGGCUGAAAAAGAAGUACUGAUAGCAGAUGCUAAAGAGAAAGAGGAUUUGCUUGACUACUUUUCCCGCAAGUGGAAGAUCGAAGAUUUUGUCUCCCCAGAUCAGAUUAACUCAUGGGAGCAAGAGAUUUCCAGACUCGUGCAGCAACAAGAAGAAAUGAUCAAGGCCCACAAGGAAGAAGUCAGAGUUCUGAAGAGGAAACGGCGCCAAGAAGACAAAGACCCUAGAAUUUAG